AUGGCACUGUCUGGCUAUUUUUUGAGGUUCUCUGUAAAUGCAACAUUAAUGAAUUCUAAUCCAUCUAAACUCCCUUUCCGAAGCUCUAUUUCUUCAUCCUCCAAGGUAGGAUUUAAGGGUCACACUGGUGUAGGAUCUACUAGUUGGUUCUGCGGUGACACCAAGUGUUAUCGUAGCCAGUCUUUUGGGAUUACUGGGGACAAUGAGCUCAUUACUGAAUCGGUAAGGAAAGAAGCUGAGGGCUUUCUCCCCAAUGCUAUGAAUAUGAGCUUCUUUGACCGUUUAAAUUUGGCAUGGAAGAUAUUGUUCCCAUCAUCUGCAACAAGAAGCAAGUCAAAUGCAAAGAUUGCCAAGCAACGUUUGAAGAUGAUCCUCUUCUCUGAUAGAUGUGCAGUCACUGAUGAGGCAAAGCAGAAGAUUGUGAGUAAUGUUAUGGAUACUCUAUCUGAUUUUGUGGAGAUUGACUCACAGGAUAAAGUCCAGCUUAGUGUCUCAACAGAUUUAGAUUUGGGGACCAUUUACUCUAUCACAGUUCCUGUCAAGCGCGUUAAGCCUGAGUAUCUUGAUGAGGAAGAUCUUGAGGAUUUGACCAAUAUUCAGUACAAGGGCACCUGA